ACCUAUAGCUAGCUAUCUUCCCCCAAUGGGUUUACUUCGCACCCUUCCUGUCUGGUGCGCUUUCCAUUGUGGGAGGAUAAGAACAAGAGGACGCACGAUGCCAAGCAAAUGCUGGUUUUGAAGCAGUGUAGGAUUUUUCAUGCGGGGUCUUAUGAGGUCAUAGAAAAUUGGUUUUGCUGUUUUGUGAAGUUGUUAUGUAAUUAGAAAAAAGGGUGCUUCAUGUGGAAUAAUGUGAUGAACAUUCCUUGCAAUUAGUUGCUUGGAGAUGAUUUGUAAAGAGAGCUCAUCAUUGCAAUCUCUUGCCGCGAGUGCAUGACGUGACACACAAUAAUAUCAAAUUGAAACAAUCUAGUGCACAACCAAAUUCAUAUGGAAAUCAAAUAUAACUAACAAAAACGCUAGCAGAAGAGCAAUAGUGAACAUUGUCUUGUGAUAUUCGAAUGAAUACUAGUGAAAGUCAAAAACCUCUCGCAGAAAAUCAUUACCACAUAGUGCUGAUUAUGCAAACGUCAGAUAGUGAGAAGGCGAAACUCAACAAAAGCAAGAAACACCAUAGUAUGUAGCGUGUGGUUUACUUUCCCUGAAGGAUAAUAACCAUCGAAGAGCCGGUAUAACCAGAAGCAUAUUAUCGAAUAUUGCCGCGCUAGACGCAGAACUAGUAGAUGUGUUUUCCUGGAGCCGUGAACUAGCACAUUUUCCUCUUCCUACAGAACGUCUUAUACCGACGAAGAAAGUCUACGGCAACGUGGAAGCGGAAAGCUCGUUAAGUGAGUAAACAUUUCGAAGGCGAGCAAGAUUGAGUGGGCAGGAAUCGUUCGUAAGGGGCCCACACUUUGGCAGGAGGAAAAUAUUACGAUACCCGAUUAUGAUAGUGAAUGUGCGUUCGAUCAACUGCUCCCUUUCGAACUAUUACAGGGCAUCGUAGCAAAAGUUCCCCUACCCUAGGGCUGUUGUUAUUGUCCUGCCAUUACGAAGAAGGAAACUAUCAAACAUUGGCGUUUGCUGACGUCGUUCUUGGAGUGUAGUGACGCAGCCGGAAGUUCACCAUCUCCGGGGGAAAACUCCUAGUGAAACGAGUGGAGGAGAACAUUUUAUGCUUCCGUAAUGCUGUUUGAUACGUCGUUGUCGUUAAAUUAAGUAAUUUAUACGCUACUUUGCAUAAGUGUUUCAAGUGUCGUGUCCCGGGGUCGCCUUCUACGGAAAGACUCCUUAGACGCAAGUAGUUACUUCAGUGCAUCUUCGAGUGUUCCGAAAAGGAAGCAGAAGCGAAACGAUUUCAAGUGCUACUCGGUAGUGUCGGUUUAAUAUACGACCCUCUCGGAACUGUAGCCAUUCAAGCAAAGAAAGUAACCUGUUACGCACCACCCCAAACCAUUCGAUAUCAAUCAAGCUUAAUUGUUAGUAGCUGUCAGAAAUUAAUAAUCGCCCACUAAAAAGACGUGCUUAUACUUUUAACGGUUCCAUUCCGGCGCGUUAUCAGCCUGAAAAUAAAAGUUAAUUGUCGUACUUCUGCUGCCAUUAAAGACAAUCCAAAACAUCGGAAGAACUGUAGAAAAAUUUCAACAUCGAGGAGUUUUUCCGGAAAUGGGCGAGUGAGGAAGCAUAAUCGACAUUCGUGAGCAACAUUGAUGUUAAUUUUUCGUGGGACUAGCGGCCGUGACCUGGAAAACUCAUCGGAUAUAGUGCAUUGAUAGCCGCUAAGCACCUGACGCCAGAUUAGCUGAUUGUUGAACACCGAUACAGUGGCGUUAAUUGACUGCGAACAGUAGCUGCAAAAACAGAAUUUGUCUACUUUUGGCUGGUUUUAAAUUGAGAAAGGAAUGAAAUUCGAUCCAAUGUUAUCGAACGUUUUUUGACGAAUACCUGGUAGAUGGUAAGCGCCGUGACCCGCUCACUUUUGAAUGUUGUCGGGUGACAUUUUGGUCCGAUCUCCAUUGAGCGUGGUGCUGCUACCGCCACCCUCAUUAAUUGAGUUUUGUAGAACUAUGGCAGCUAUCGCCACGCUCGCCAAUCAGCAAAAUAUCGAUGAUGACGACAUUUUCCUAGAAAACGGCUUACUAAGCUACGAGAAUCCUAACUAUCAUAUGGAUCCUCUCCGAAUGGAGCGUAACUCACACCUGUACGAGGAGAUAAUCUCCGAAUUGCAGCAGCAGGGCACUCUUCGACCCGCCGGAAGCGUUAAUUUGGUCCGGGAUCCGAGUCUACUUGGCAGCAAUCGAAAAGGAUACAUGGACAUUGCAUCGAUGGCUGUAGACGGGAAGGAAAUUGACAACUCACUGAAAGAUAAGCAGAAACUAUUAGAUGGCUCACCCAAUGAAUCGGAAACUCAGAAGGACGAAGUCUCGGAAAAAGGCGAAAAGAUUCAGGAACAUGAAAUCAAACACAUAGCCGGAACGCUGAAUGCUAAUGAUUUGUACGCAGUGCCGAACAAGAAGAAGCAACAAGUUGGAGAGGUUGUCGCUGACGACGAGGAGGAAGAUGAAGAGGAAAAGGGUAAACAGGAAGACAUUGAAGCAAUCGAAGACAAAGACAAAACCAACGAUCUACCACCGGGAUGGGAAAAACAUGAAGACAAUGGCGGUCCCUACUAUUGGCACAUCAAAUCGGGAACAAUACAACGUGAGCCACCAGUCUGGCCGAAAGAACCACCGAAAGAGCUUAAGACACCGAUCGCACCAACACCUCGUUACAUACAGAAUUCCAUGUUCUCGCAGACGCUGGUCAGCCUGUACGGGACUCCAAAGCCUGAAACUGGCUCCAGUUCGUCCAGCAGCGGUCGACUGCACGACAGUAUUUCGUCUGUUACCCGCAGCAGUACGAGCUCGGCACUGGAUCAGGAAGACGAACGACGACGGAGAGAGGAUAUAGCGCUAAAGCGACGAAGUUUCCCACUGAAGUCGGAUACCGAACGACCCAUAAGAUUCGCUGUACGCUCGCUAGGUUGGGUGGAAAUCGCCGAGGAGGAUCUCACGCCAGAGCGAUCCUCGAAGGCGGUCAACAAAUGCAUCGUGGAUCUAUCGUUGGGUAGAAACGAAAUGCUUGACGUUGUGGGUCGAUGGGGUGAUGGCAAAGACUUGUUUAUGGACUUAGAUGAAGGUGCUUUAAAACUAAUUGAUCCAGAAACUCUGACAAUACUAAACUCGCAACCGAUCCACACGAUACGAGUGUGGGGCGUAGGUCGGGACAAUGGACGAGAAAGAGAUUUUGCGUACGUGGCACGAGAUCGACUUACCAGAAUUCACAUGUGCCACGUUUUUCGAUGCGAUACCGCUGCCAGAACGAUCGCCAACACUUUAAGAGACAUCUGCAAACGAAUAAUGAUUGAACGAUCCCUCCAGCUCGAUGCGAGCAGUUCUUGCUCUGGCAGUUCUCGCUGUGCAAUACGUCCCACUGAUCUACCGACUGAGAAUCGACGAUGGAUACGGCACCCAGCAUCGUUUCCCACCCCGAUGGAAGAACCGAAGAAGGUUUUGAGGGCACAAUACAUCGGUUCGCUGGAGGUGGAUCAACCAACCGGUAUGGAAGUGCUGAAUGAUGCCAUCGGAAAGCUGGUGUCCAGUACCCCGGUGGAGAACUGGGACAACGUCAACGUAUCGGUGGCUCCCAGUAUGAUCAGUGUAAACACCUCGGACCAGGAAGCCCGCUUGUUGUGCGAGUGUAGGGUGAGGUAUCUUAGUUUUUUGGGAAUUGGAAAGAAUAUCAAAAAUUGUGCAUUCAUCAUGCACACCGCGCAAGACAAAUUUGUGGCCCACGUGUUUCACUGUGAGCCCUCUAGCGGGGCACUGUGCAAAACGAUAGAGGCGGCAUGCAAGCUUCGAUACCAAAAAUGUCUCGAUGCUCAUCCGGAGGGAAGUGGUCGCUAUUCAGCCGAUUCCCAUACGCCGGGAAAGGGAAUUGGAGCAACUUUAAAAAACUUGAUGAGCUCGUUCUCGCUAAAAAAGGAUAAGGCCAGUUCCUGAGAACGAGCAAAAUCACUGCAGUAAAUCAAGACCCCCAUAAUUGUAAUUUAGGAAAUCUGGCCACAUGCCGCGGAAAGGGAAGUCAUCCCCCAUCGGCACCUGCAGUCGCCACUGAUAAGUAACAAUAUCUUCGAGUGUCCCAACAGUCCGUAGCGUAUGAUGCUACCAGCGGCCUGGCAGAAGAUAGCACUCUCCAAAGCUGCUGGAGCUCCCUGUAGUAUUAGUAGUAGAAUUGAUAGCAUCAGCCGCAAAUCAUCGCUACCGUCGCUGUCGAUAGCAUCUAUCGCGUCCACGCUAUCGUCGGAAACGUCCAUCACGAUGGUAUCGUACUUCAGUCAUUACAACGGCAACAUCUGUAACCACCAACAACAAGCAACAGCCAACAGCAGCAACAUUAGCAUCGUAAGCAACAGCAGCAGCAACAGUGAUAGCAUGAAUAUUAUUCAAACUUGCAAGCGAAUUGCUGGAAACGCUGGCGUAGAAACUACAUCGGCAAUGGCUGAAGAGUUACAACAGCAGCAGCAGGAACUGCUGCCCAAAAGUGGUGACGACAGCAACUGUGACCACAGUAAGCUACAUCGUGUGAUUGAAGAAUUAUAAUUGUAAUUGUACGCUGAUCGAACACCUGAUUUUUUUUAACAUUGAAUAGGUUCCGCGCGAAUGCUGAAAUUAGCUAAAACAAAAAUGUGUAGGUACCCAUAGUAAGGUAGUUUGAAAUUUGUAUAGACAAUGAGAGAAAAACUAUAGAUUAUAUUUUCACCAUUUAUGUUACACAACACAAAGACGGAGCGGGAAAAAUAGAAAGGAAACUGAAAACGUGCCAUAUGAUGGAGCAAGAAGACGGGAUCGAAGAUAGGAAAGAAGUUUGGUGGUUUCAAGGGUGGAGAUUGCAGAGUGUUCUUAACAAAUGUCACUUAUUUCUAUUGUGGAAGAUCCAGAGUUCGUUCUUUAUUGGUGUUUGGAAUAGGAUUGUUCGACUAUAUCGUACACAUUUAUUGAACAUAUUUUUUGCUGAGGUGUUUUAUUUAGUAGGCCAUCGAUUAACAUCGUUUUCGGUCGGUAAUUUUACAGACUACAUAAUCCAGAACUUGUCGUAAGCUCUGUCAUUGUUCGAACCAAGAAAAAUAUUUGAACAAACCCAAUGCAGUCGAAUGCCAAUUGACUAGUUGUUUCUGUAAACUAUAAACUUAAAGCUAAUUUAGAACAUUUGGAGCAAGGUCCGGCUAUUGUUGGUUCCCGUUUUAGGCGAGUGAACAAAUCUUCGACAGCGACACAAAAAAAAAACGGAUUAUGUUAAACAUUUGAUCUUAACUGUAAGGCUGAUCUUUAAGGCCCAAGUAAAAA